UUUGCUUUUCUGUUUUUCUCACGUUUUCAAGUAUUUAAAGCCAAGGAUAUUGGGCAUUGAGAUAUUGCCUGGCUAGGGUUCAGCAUUUUGCCCGAAUUUGUUGGGCCUCCCAGGGCCUGAGUUCUCUGUGCUUUAACAAACGAGCUACAGUUCUCAAGAGAUCAGUGAAGCUUGUUUGUUGAUCCUGUAUUCUCAUCCAGAGGAAGUAGAUCUUUGAGAAUGCCUAAGGAAGGGGUGUUUGUAAAUCGAAGUUUAGCCAUGGAAAAAAUUAAGUGUUUUGGUUUUGAUAUGGAUUAUACACUUGCUGUGUACAAGUCCCCAGAGUAUGAGUCCCUUGGCUUUGAACUUACUGUGGAGAGAUUAGUUUCUAUUGGCUAUCCUCAGGAGCUGCUCAGCUUUGCUUAUGAUUCUACGUUCCCUACCAGGGGACUUGUCUUUGAUACAUUAUAUGGAAAUCUUUUGAAAGUUGAUGCUUAUGGAAACCUCUUGGUCUGUGCACAUGGAUUUAACUUCAUAAGGGGUUCUCAGAUAGCUGCUCAGAAGAGACCAGAGACUAGAGAGCAGUAUCCAAAUAAAUUUAUCCAACGAGAUGACACUGAAAGAUUUUACAUUCUGAACACACUGUUCAACCUACCAGAGACCUACCUGUUGGCCUGCCUAGUAGAUUUUUUUACUAAUUGUCCCAGAUAUACCAGCUGUGAAACAGGAUUUAAAGAUGGGGACCUCUUCAUGUCUUACCGGAGUAUGUUCCAGGAUGUAAGAGACGCUGUUGACUGGGUUCAUUACAAGGGCUCUCUUAAGGAAAAGACAGUUGAAAAUCUUGAGAAGUAUGUAGUCAAAGAUGGAAAACUGCCUUUGCUUUUGAGCCGGAUGAAGGAAGUAGGGAAAGUAUUUCUUGCCACCAACAGUGACUAUAAAUAUACAGAUAAAAUUAUGACUUACCUGUUUGAUUUCCCACAUGGACCCAAGCCUGGGAGCUCCCAUCGACCAUGGCAGUCCUAUUUUGACCUGAUCUUGGUAGAUGCACGGAAACCGCUCUUUUUUGGAGAAGGCACAGUACUGCGUCAGGUGGAUACUAAAACUGGCAAGUUGAAGAUUGGUACCUACACAGGCCCUUUACAGUAUGGCAUUGUCUACUCAGGUGGUUCAUCGGAUACAAUCUGUGAUCUGUUGGGAGCCAAGGGCAAGGACAUUUUGUAUAUUGGAGACCACAUUUUUGGAGACAUUUUAAAAUCAAAGAAACGGCAAGGGUGGCGAACUUUCUUGGUGAUUCCUGAACUUGCACAGGAGCUGCAUGUCUGGACGGAUAAGAGUUCACUUUUCGAGGAGCUUCAGAGCUUGGAUAUUUUCUUGGCUGAACUCUACAAGCACCUUGACAGCAGUAGCAAUGAACGCCCAGACAUUAGUUCCAUCCAGAGACGUAUUAAGAAAGUAACUCAUGACAUGGACAUGUGCUAUGGGAUGAUGGGAAGCCUGUUCCGUAGUGGCUCCCGGCAGACCCUCUUUGCCAGCCAAGUGAUGCGAUAUGCUGAUCUCUAUGCAGCGUCUUUUAUCAAUCUGCUGUAUUACCCAUUCAGCUAUCUCUUCAGAGCUGCCCAUGUCUUGAUGCCUCAUGAAUCCACAGUGGAACACACACAUGUAGAUAUCAAUGAGAUGGAGUCUCCCCUUGCCACCCGGAACCGCACGUCAGUGGAUUUCAAAGAUACAGACUACAAGCGGCAUCAGUUGACACGGUCGAUUAGUGAGAUUAAACCCCCCAACCUCUUCCCACUGGCGCCCCAGGAAAUCACACACUGCCAUGACGAAGACGAUGAUGAGGAGGAGGAGGAAGAGGAAGAAUAAGGAGGAAAACGAAAACUCUAAGCAUCCAUUAAACAAGUUCUGGCAGGACUCACAGGAGCAAAGGAUGUUCCUGUUUGGGUUCCAGUUGGGGAGGGUGGUGGGGACCUCCAUCAAAGGCACAUCUGGAAAGUUUCUGAAGACUUUAAAAUAUUGUAGUCAUAGGGAGACACUUAUUUUAGUUCUGUGUGUCUGCCCUCUUUGCAGAUGGUUCAAAAUUGUAAUGGAGUCUGUACUGGAAGAAAGGAUAAAGCCAGGCUGAACUGCAUGCUGAUGGCUCCAUUGUGGCUUGUGACACUGUUUUUUCUUGUCUUAUUUCAUCAUCAGUUAAUCUUAGUGUAUUGGAUACACACAGGGUAGUGGAGAGUCUCAGAUUGGAGCAAGGAGGAGGAUGGGAAGAGGUGAUCCAAAAAGGCUGUUCAUGUUACAAACUGUGCUCUUACUCCAAAAUCUGUCUUUUUCAGUGCAUUACAUAGUAUUGUAUAUCAGUGGAGAAAUACAUUGUUUGCAUUAUCAAA